AUAUAUAUAAACAAGACGUUAGGGUAAUUUACCUUACUCGAUGAUAUGAGUACGCAAAAUGAAAACGAUGAGAACGUAGAAGGAGAGAAGUCCAACUUGAAUUUAAAAAAGAUUCAAAAAUCGAAAUGUUUUAAGAGUUUUGUGAAAUUAAAACAUCAGGAAUACAUUUUAGAAAAAGGACUCGUUAAUUUAAUAAAUAAUAUGAAACUCGACGGUGACGUUAUUAAAAAUUUAUCUAAAGAAGAAAAGGAACUGUCCGCUAAGAGAGAAAAUGUAUUAUCAAUUCUAUGUAAAACGGUUUUCGAUAUCAAUGACGAUGUGAAAAAAGUCAAAAUGAUCAUAUCCGAUCCUGAAGAAAUUCAACAACUAGAUAUAAACGAAUUUAAAUCUAAAUUGAUCGAAAUUUCAAAAAAAUUAAACGAUUUUAAAAAAACUUGUCCUCUUCAAACAUUGUCAGAAGAUGGAAAUAAAUUGGAUUCCGAUCUAAAAGAAUUUUCAUCGCGUUUACAUAAAUAUAAUACAGUGAAUAAGACGAUAAAAUCAUCAAUCAUAAAUUUAUCGUCAUUUGACAAGGAUAAAAAAAAAAAUCACGAGGAUUACGAAGAGAUCGAAGAUUUCCAUGCGUUGAUUGUUAAAACCGGUUAUACGCAACAUUGGAGCGACGAGGAUCAUUUGUUCUUUUUAAAGAUGAGAAAAAAAUAUAAAAACGUGCCUGCAUUAGUUAACGCCAUUAAAACGAAAUGUCCAGAUAUGUCGAUAGAAAAAAUAAUAAAUCACGAAGCUUGGUACAAAUUAUAUCUUGAAUUACGUGAAAGACAGAGAUUAAAGAUAAACGAAUGGCGAAAGCGUAAAGAAUUGAAUAAAAUGAAAAAAUUACAAAACGUAAGAACUAUCGACAAGGAAAAUCAACGAUCUGAAAUUUCGACGGAUCAUUUAGAAAAAAAUAUGAUUAACGAUAAAGAUGAAAGAUCCGACGCAAUUAUCAAUGAAAAUAUUAAUAAGAAGGAAUUGAUUAAAAAGUGGAAAUUAGAAAGAGAAAACAAACGGAUUAUGGAGGAGGAACAAUCGAAAUUGCGAUUAGAAUCCAAACGGGUUUUGGAUGAGAAACGUGCACGAAUUAGAAUGGAAACAAUACGGGAAAAUUUGCGAGAUUAUAGGAAUAAAAAAUCAAUGGACGAAUUUUUGGAUAAUACGAAAAAGGAUAUAAAAGGUACGAAAGAAUAUGAUCCCACGUUGAUCAAAGAAUUUAGAAAACAGGAUGAGGAAUAUAUUCGAAAAAGAAGGAUAUUAAUUUCGCGUACGGACAAAAUUCAACAAAAUAAAUUUACGAUCUCGCGAAAAUAUAAAUUAAAUAAAUAUCCUUCGACAUUGUGCGAACCUACAAAAGCAUGGCAAGAAAAAUGUAAAAUUGAGGAUUUCAAGAAGAAGAAUAAUCAAGAAGUACGAUAUAUUAAGGAUAUACCAAAACUAUAUACACGAUGGAGAAACGAAGAGUCUAUAGAUUUACAAAAUUAUUUUGCAUUGUGAAAAAACAAUCGUGUAUUUUUUACAAAAAUUCAAUACUUACUUGAAACUCCUAGUUUUCCUUUUGUUCUUUAAGUACACGAAAGAGUUCACUGUCAACACUGAACAUUCAUUAUGAAUUAAUUGCAAUAAUAAAUCUCAGCACUAUAUAUAUAUAUACAUAUAUAUAUAUAUAUACAUAUAUGUACAACACUCACGCAC